AAGUCCGGCGCCUUCGGACUGCUAUAGAAAGAUACCCAUGCAUGUAACCUAGUUAUGUACAAUAAAAUAAACAAAAUUUAAGUCUUUGUCGAGGGCUGUGAUUUUGUUCGGAGCAGAGGAGGAAGCCGAUUCAGGAGCAGCGGAGGGAAAUUUAAUCCGGCGCCAUGGUGCUCAAGACAGAAAUUUGCCGCUUCAGCGGUUCUAAGAUUUACCCUGGCAAGGGUAUCAGGUUUGUCCGUUCAGAUUCACAGGUUUUCCUGUUUCUGAAUUCCAAGUGUAAGAGGUACUUCCAUAACCGUCUGAAGCCAUCCAAAUUGACAUGGACUGCAAUGUAUCGAAAGCAGCAUAAGAAGGAUAUUAAUGCUGAGCAAGUCAAAAAGACAAGACGCAAGACGAGCAAGCCUUAUUCAAGGUCCAUUGUUGGUGCUUCGUUGGAAGUUAUCCAAAAGAAAAGAUCUGAGAAAACAGAAGUUAGAGCUGCUGCCCGCGAGGCUGCCUUGAGAGAAAUUAAAGAAAGAAUAAAGAAGAAUAAAGAUGAGAAGAAAGCAAAGAAAGCAGAGACUGUCUCAAAGUCUCAGAAGACACAAACCAAGCUGCCUAAGGCUGCAAUGCCUAAAGGUCCUAAGCUUGGUGGUGGAGGUGGAAAGCGAUGAAGAGAAAGUUGUCAUUUCUAGUUUUUUCUUGGAGUAGUAAUUGUAGCCGCUGUAGUGUUGUUAGUAAUUUUAAAUGAUUUUGAGAAUUUAUUUUGGAAAUCUACUUCUUUGUGAUUUAUCAAGUUCAAAUUUUGACA